GCUGUGAUGUGGAAAACAGUUUGUCAUCAAUGAGGUUUUGGACCAUUGUGUUGAAGCAGGGAUGAGUACAGUAUUGCAUGGCAAUUUGACUUCCCAAUUUAUACUUUUUCCUUUGGCCUUUUGGGGCAUUUCUUCGUUUUGAUUGUCAUUUUCACUUCUCACAACCCUAAUCAAUCUGUGUGCUCUCUUUUUUCUUGCAUCACUUCCCAUUCAAAUCCGUGUGCUCUCUCUCUUAUCUGUGUCCGUUUUUUGUCUUCUUGGGAUAGUCUCCAACUCACGUGAACGAACGUCACUGUAGUUACAGUUCUCAUUGGGCAUUCUAUUUUAUGGUAUUCAUAGUUCCAAAAGGUUGAAUCGCCAACCCCAAGCGCCCCCCACGCCCCGACCCGACAGAGCACAUGGGAGGAUGUAAGUCACGGUGACUCAGUCAGCAGAGUGGCAGUAGGCCUUUACCCCGUGCGCACCAGAGGCUGUUUUAGCAUAAAGCUGCCUUUUUUUGGUUCCCCACUAGCUGAAUUGGGGACAAACCACCAUUGGAGCCCCAUCAACAUCUGCUGCAUGCCUUUGGGUGUUUCUGAUAUUUAUCCAAAGUUGCUGUCCAGUACACUUGUCUACUUUUGGACUCUAGUUUAGAGCACUGUCUCAUCUGGUACACCUGCUUUCUACCCAUUGGUUCUGUCCUUGCCUGCCCAGGAAUUAAGUUCAGAUCUGGAUUGAGGUAGAUUUUUCUUAUCUAAGUUGUUGUCGUUGAUAAUUCGAGGUUCUUGUAGUAGCUCAUAAGCUAGUCCCUGUUUACUUUACUGGAAUGGUGAUUUGAUACAGAGGAACGAACUUCAUAGAUGGCUGUGGAUGAACUGAGCAAGUCUGUGUGGAGUAGAGAGCAAGAUAUAGCAUUCGAGAAUGCCCUGGCAACCUACCCUGAGGAUUUAUCUGAUAGAUGGGAGAAAAUUGCUGCAGAUGUUCCGGGGAAGUCCUUAGAAGAGGUAAAGCUUCACUAUGAGAUCUUGACUGAUGACAUUAGCAGGAUCGAGUCUGGCUGUGUUCCUCUGCCUUGCUACAACUCCGACAACUCCCCGGGGCAUGAUGGUGAUGAAGGAACUAGCAAGAAAGGUGUCAAUCUCGGACACUCCAACAAUGAUUCAAGUCUAGGAAAGCCUACUAGGGCAGAUCAGGAGCGUCGAAAGGGGAUUCCCUGGACAGAGGAAGAGCACAGGUUAUUCCUUCUGGGAUUGGACAAAUAUGGGAAGGGUGACUGGAGAAGUAUUUCGAGGAACUUUGUUGUGACGAGAACACCUACACAAGUAGCAAGCCAUGCCCAGAAAUACUUCAUUCGUUUAAACUCUAUGAACAAGGAUAGGAGACGAGCUAGCAUUCAUGACAUCACCAAUGCUAACGAUGGAGAUGCACCAGUAGUGCCCCAAGGAGGACCAAUUACUACUGGACACACUAACGGAACUGCCACAUCUGGAAAAUCCAACAAGCAACCAGCCCUAGCUCCUGCUCCCCCUCCCCCUCCUCCUACUCUUGGAGUUGCUGCUAUAUAUGGCGGAACAACUAUUGGACAGCCAGUAGGAGUACCACUUGUUCCUGCAGUCGCCACACCAAUGAAUCUCCCGCCACAUGCUCACAUAGCUUAUGGAACACCUACCAUCCCUGGACCAGUGGUGACUGGUGCUCCUAUGACCUUGCCUGCAAUGCCUCAUACAUCUACCCAUAGGUGAACCGUUUUCUCAUCUGACAUUUGUACAAACUGAAGCGAAUAGCCGUUUGUUUUUUUUCCUUUGUGGGGGGCAUCGACAUCAAGACAUCGUAAAAUAACUUAUUAUGGUGUCACUGAGAGACCCACCCUUCAGUAGAAUUCUUGCUUUCCGUAAAAGUUGAUAUGAGUUGUUUUAGAGAUUUUGCUUUCAUCUUUGUAGGCAGCUAGUGAUAUGGUAGCACUUAGUUUAGGAGAGUGAAAUUGUUGCCUUCAAGCUGGAUAUUCUUACAUGAAAGUAGUCUUACAGCACUUGUGAUCUCUCCUGGGAAGUGUAUAGCCAUAGGGCCCAUAUCCAGCACCUAUGUAUUCUAUGGAAACCGCUUGUGGCGGGGUGAGUUUAGAUGGUCAUAUGGUAAUAGUCCAUUCCUGGUUUUGUUUAUUUAUUUGCUUAUAUAUGAUUAAACUUUGAUUCGUUUCCCAUAUAUUCAUAUUCAGGCAGAGAGAGGAUUCCAACAACUGGGGUGUGUCAUGUGUCUCUUGACAUUGCAUGCUAUGUCAUGUGAAAUAUAGCAUAAUCCAAAAGUUAGCUUAUUUUUGAAAGUGGAAUGAUCCAAUGCAAAUAGCCAAAUAGUUAGGAUACUAAAAGUUGAAUUAAUAAUUGUCAAAGUUUAUAAAUUUAUCAGAAUGAAGAAAUUAGUUUAGUUACUGAACACAUGGAUAAGUCAUUUCGGGCAAUUGGCCGACUGAGUGUUUCUAGGGCUGGAACAAUCGACAAAACUCAAAAGGAUACAAGUUAUAUUUCAACCCAUAAGUUAUACUCCGUACUAGGUAUAAGUAAUGUGACUGGGCAUCGUUGUGUGAUUUAAGGCAUUCUCAAUGAAACCAUUGAGAUAGAUAUAUUUAAAUAUUUAGAACAUCUUCAAUAUAACAAUGUUGCACGAUACAUACAUGACAAGAGAAAUA